UCGCUCCACCUAUUGUUUAGCUUGGGGAAGCCUGGACAAGUGGCCCAGAAUUACGAUUCAUUGAGCUGAUACAGGGUGAUCAAUGAAAUUACUCCAGUGAUCAAACACUGUGGGAAAUUAAGGCUUGUUUAAUUUUUCAGAAGAUGGCCUCAGAAGGCUCCGACAUGGGUUCCACGGGAGAAAUCAAUGGCUCGGGUAAUCUCAUGGACUUCCUGGAUGAGCCCAUACCAGACGUAGGGACCUAUGAGGACUUCCACACCAUCGACUGGCUGAGAGAGAAAUCCCGGGACACAGACCGGCACAGGAAGAUUGCCAAUAAAAGUAAAGAAUCGAUAUGGGAGUUUAUAAAAGGCCUGCUGGAUGCCUGGUCAGGAUGGGUGGUGAUGCUCCUAAUUGGGCUUCUGGCAGGUACGCUGGCAGGCGUAAUCGAUCUAGCGGUGGACUGGAUGACAGAUUUAAAAGAGGGCGUGUGUCUCUCUGCGUUCUGGUACAGCCAUGAGCAGUGCUGCUGGACCUCCAACGAGACCACCUUUGAUGACCGGGACAAGUGCCCUCAGUGGCAGAAAUGGUCCGAGCUUAUGGUUGGACGAUCGGAGGGUGCCAGCGCUUAUGUGUUGAACUACUUCCUGUACGUGAUGUGGGCUCUCACCUUUGCUUUCCUGGCAGUGUCCCUAGUCCGAGUUUUCGCCCCAUAUGCCUGCGGGUCUGGGAUUCCAGAGAUUAAGACCAUCCUGAGUGGUUUCAUCAUCAGAGGCUACCUGGGAAAGUGGACUCUCCUGAUUAAGACAGUGACCCUGGUGCUGGCGGUGUCCUCGGGGCUCAGCUUGGGGAAGGAGGGGCCUCUUGUUCACGUGGCCUGUUGCUGUGGCAACCUCUUCAGCGGCCUGUUUUCCAAGUACAGCAAGAAUGAGGCAAAGCGGAGAGAGGUUUUGUCAGCUGCUGCUGCUGCUGGAGUGUCGGUUGCCUUUGGCGCUCCGAUUGGAGGAGUACUUUUCAGCCUUGAGGAGGUGAGCUACUAUUUCCCACUGAAGACCUUGUGGAGGUCCUUCUUUGCAGCUCUGGUAGCAGCCUUUACCCUGCGCUCCAUAAACCCCUUUGGAAACAGCCGGCUGGUGCUGUUCUAUGUGGAGUACCACACCCCCUGGUACAUGGCAGAGCUCUUCCCCUUCAUCCUGCUGGGCGUCUUCGGGGGGCUAUGGGGGACCCUCUUUGUCCGCGGCAACAUUGCCUGGUGCCAUCGCCGCAAGACCACGCUGCUAGGCAAGUACCCUGUGCUGGAGGUGAUUGCAGUGACUGCCAUCACUGCCAUCGUGGCCUUCCCCAACCCGUACACACGGUGCAGCACCAGCGAGCUCAUCUCGGAGCUCUUCAACGACUGUGGAGCACUCGAGUCCUCCCAGCUCUGCGACUACAUCAAUGACUCAAACAUGACCCGGCCCAUAGAUGAUAUCCCUGAUCGUCCUGCUGGCCCCGGUGUCUAUGCAGCUCUGUGGCAGCUCACGCUGGCGCUUAUCUUCAAAAUUGUCAUCACCAUCUUCACCUUUGGCAUGAAGAUUCCUUCAGGACUGUUUAUUCCCAGUAUGGCUGUGGGUGCCAUUGCCGGCAGGAUUGUUGGAAUAGGUGUAGAGCAGAUGGCCUACCACCAUCAUGACUGGAUUAUCUUCAAGAACUGGUGCCGACCAGGUGCUGACUGUGUUACUCCAGGACUGUAUGCCAUGGUGGGGGCUGCAGCUUGCUUGGGCGGAGUUACCAGAAUGACGGUGUCUCUGGUUGUGAUCAUGUUCGAGUUGACGGGGGGCCUGGAGUACAUCGUACCCCUCAUGGCUGCUGCUGUCACCAGCAAGUGGGUGGCAGAUGCCUUUGGGAAGGAGGGCAUCUACGAAUCACACAUCCAUCUGAACGGCUACCCUUUCCUGGACGUGAAGGACGAGUUCACGCACCGCACGCUGGCCACUGACGUGAUGCGGCCGCGGCGCAGUGAGCCCCCCCUGGUUGUCCUCACCCAGGACAGCACCACUGUGGAGGACGUGGAGACCCUCAUCAAAGACACCGACUACAACGGCUUUCCUGUGGUGGUGUCCAAAGAGUCAGAGCGACUGAUUGGCUUUGUUCAGAGAAGAGACCUCCUCCUGGCCAUCAAAAGUGCCAGACAGAAGCAGGAUGGUGUUGUGAGUAGCUCUGUGGUGUACUUCAUUGAGGACGCCCCGCAGUCACCUGCCAGCAGCCCCCAGUCCCUCAAGCUGCGACGCAUCCUCAACCUGUGCCCAUUCACAGUGACCGACCACACCCCCAUGGAGACAGUAGUGGACAUUUUCCGCAAACUGGGGCUCCGGCAGUGCCUUGUCACCCGCAGUGGGCGCCUCUUGGGCAUUAUAACUAAAAAGGACGUUCUCCGACACAUGGCCCAAAUGGCAAACCAGGACCCUGAAUCUAUCAUGUUCAAUUAAUCGGUGUCAGAGAUGGAUGAAGUCCAUGCUGGCUGAUACCUUCAAGGAGUUUCUAAGCAUAUACUGUAACGCCAAUGAAAGCACCCAGGGCCUUGCUGUGACAAAUAGGAAAAGACUGGGAAGACUCGCUGAAAUGGGAAAGGAAUCGGAAGAAAAAUCUUUGUCAAUGCCACUGCAAAUGUCAUGCUAAGCUUUUGUCUUUUAAAAGUUGUCCUACCCUGGAACAAAUUUAACAAAGCAUUAAUAUUUUCUCAGUUAUACUGUAGUGUGAAAUCAUUAUCAACCACAUUAAUAAUUUAUAAAUAGAGUAGGUAGGGCUGGCAGAGUUAAAGCGACGCAUCAACGCAUAAUUUGACUUGAAUAAAACGAAGAAGGUUGUUUAGUCCUGGCACUUGGGAUUCUUCAGGCAUCUCAAAGCAAGCUGAAAAGCCAAGUCAAUACAGAUUUGCUAAUAAAUCAAUAUCAAGUAACAAAACCUAAAGCCACACAAAAUAAUUAAAUAGUUAAAAACAAAUGUUUUUCAGUCAUCACAUCCUGAUGACUUUUUUUUUUUUUAAACUCUAAAGCACCUGCAGGCCUUAAAAGGGCUCUCAAACAAGUUUAGGUGAAAUACUAGAUUGUAAUUAUUAACCUGUCCCCCCUGCAACACUGGAACUAUUAUCUACUACAUCAUAGAAACCCUACACCAUCUUUUUUUUCACAAACAUUUUAAUAUCACCGAGCAGACGUGAUAAAAAGUUCUUGCAAAGUAUCAAACAAGCAAGUACACUGCUUAAUCAGCUGACUCCUCCCUAAUCACCUGCUUCAGUGCAGGCAACAUUAGUACAGUACAUUUACCUUCUAAUACGUUAUUUGGGAAAGGGUUACAGACGAGUACGCUUAAAGGACAGAAAAUGUUUUUAGUGAUUCAAAUUCAGACUUGGAAAUUAUUUUUUACUGACCCGAACUGCAUAUGCCUGAUACAGGACUCUAAUUAGUGUUGUCCUCCGGCACUAUAGGUCUGUUGGCUUCACGAUCCGCAGUGCGAAAAAUGAUGGAUUGGCAGGAGCACGUCUCAGAGUCGCCGCGGGGUUGCAACGGUGAACCGUGAUAAAAAAUAAUAAUUGGGUACUCCAAAUUGGGGGAGAAAACCGGGGUAAAAACCAUUGUUGAUGACUUU